AUGAUCGCCUCUUAUCCUGACGCCACGGUCCUGCCAAACGGCGUCUCGCCAGAGUUGGUUCUCGUGCCAGCCUCGCCGGAGGAACGCAUCGAAUCGAUCAAGCUGAACAGUGCUGUAUGGAAAGGCCGAUUCGAUAUUGAGACGUACAUCGGGCGAGAGGAUCAUCUGCUUGAACAGCCUUUGGUCAAAGAUGGAUUAACCUGCUGGAUCCUGGUUGACCGUCAUGAACCCGAAGGACAGCGGACAAUCCUGGGCUCGUGCGAGACGUAUGUGAAAACGGCAAUGCUAGCGCAAGACGGCGAAGUGAACAACGUCGCCUGUCAUGGCGUUGGGAGCGUAUAUUGCCGGCCGGAAUUCCGAGGCAAGGGAUAUGCGAAGCGAAUGCUCCAGGAGCUGAGCAUCAUGCUGGACAAAUGGCACGACAACAAGGCAGUGAACCGAUCAGAAUUUAGCAUCCUGUACUCUGACAUCGGGAAGACUUUCUACGCCCAAUUUGGCUGGAAGCCGUUUCUAUCCUCGCACUUUGAUCUUCCACCGAUCUCCAAGGCUGAAUAUGACCUGGUUCUUGCCGGAGUCGAUUUGCCCAAAGCGGAACCUUUGUCUGCCCACGACGUGCAGCGGUACGUGUGUAAUGACAAGGUUCUAUCGGACGAGCGCGAAGUGCUGCGAGCCGCUUCUCAGAACUCUCCUGGCGCUAAAGUAGCAAUCGUUCCAGACUUCGACCACUUCGAGUGGCACUGGGCUAGAGAGGAGUACUGCGCUGAAAAGCUCCACACAGAUAAGGGUAUGCCUCUCAUCAAGGGCGCUGGCGAUACCAAGUCUGGGGUAUACUGUGUCUGGAACAGGAACUUUGGUGCGACCCCCGAGGAAAACACGCUGUACAUCCUGCGAUGGGUAUAUGAUGAGCCAACGUCGCCGGCAGAGGCUGAGACAACCACCAAGGCCAUGGCUGCGAUAUUGAGACGCGCUCAACUCGAGGCAUAUGAAUGGAACAUGGCCACGAUCGAGUUUUGGAACCCGACUCCCUUGCUGGAGAAGGCAGUUGCUCUCCUGGACCCAGCUGCCAAGGUGGUCCACCGGGAGAAUGAUAGCAUUGCUUGCUUGAGAUGGAAUGGUACCAAGCAAGGAAAGAAAGACGUGGAGUGGUUCUUGAAUGAGAAGUUCGCUUGGUGUUAG